AUGCCACGCCUCGGUCCGGGUAAUCGCGUCGGGCUAUGGGAUCAGCCAGACGGUUUAGUAAAGAAAACUACGACUGCGAUAGUCAGCCUCAUUGGAACCAUGACCACAAAAGGAGGUUUUCUAUCAUAUGUCGCAAGAAAAUUAAGAACAUCAUCAUCACAUCGGAACAGUGAAGAAUCACCGCCGUUACUGGAAAUGUCCGAACGGCGUCCACGCAAUGACGCCCGGUUUUUCCAUGUUUGCGGUAGUGGUACUCAUCCGAAAGGGAAAUUCUUAUCUAAUAGAAUAAGUACUUGUAAAUACAAUGGCUUUUCGUUCCUGCCAAGAUUUUUGUAUGAACAGUUUCGUCGGUAUAACAAUGUGUUCUUCUUAAUGAUAGCGCUUCUGCAGCAAAUACCUGAUGUCAGCCCAACUGGACGUUACACAACAGCUGUUCCAUUCAUUCUAAUCCUCACAGUGUCGGCUAUUAAAGAAAUCUUUGAGGAUAUUAAAAGGCGGAGAUCUGAUCACAAAGUCAACUCUUUUCCGAUAUUACUGUUGAGAGAUGGCACGUGGUUACGAGUAGAGUGGAGAGAGGUUAAAGUUGGUGACAUCGUUAGGGUAGACAAUGAUCAGCUCUUUCCUGCCGAUCUCUUACUUCUAGCGUCAAGUGAACCUCAAAGUAUGUGUUACAUAGAAACCUCUAAUCUCGAUGGAGAAACAAACCUCAAGAUCAAGCAGGCACUGCCUAUGACAUCAGAUUUCACCGACUUGGAGAAACUUGUAGAAUUUGAAGCAGAAAUUGAGUGUGAACUGCCGAGUCGGCACGUAAAUGAGUUUAGCGGGAAUUUGGUUUUCCAAGGCGAUCGCACUCCCUUCGGCAUUGAUCAAUUGCUUUUGCGUGGUGCCCGCCUUAAAAACACCUCGUGGAUAUUCGGAGCUGUAAUAUAUACUGGACACGAUGCAAAGUUGCUGAUGAACUCGAAAACGGCGCCACUCAAAAGCAGCACUGUCGACAACCGAACGAACAAUCGUAUCAUCUUUCUUUUCUUCGUUCUACUUAGCCUUGCCAUCGUAAGUGCUGUUGGUGCUGAAUUUUGGAGAAAAGCCAAUUUGCCGGCCAUGUGGUAUCUAUCAUUUCUGGAAAGCGACGCAAGAGCUUCAUUUUUAUGGCAAGUACUCACUUUCUUUAUUCUCUAUAACAAUUUGAUUCCAAUCAGUUUACAAGUAACACUUGAGAUUGUCCGGUUUUUCCAGGCUUCUUACAUCAAUACUGAUAUCGAAAUGUAUGAUGUUAAUAGCGACUCUUGCGCAGUGGCUCGUACAUCAAACCUAAAUGAGGAACUCGGACUGGUUAAAUUUGUCAUGAGCGACAAAACCGGAACGUUAACUCGCAAUGUAAUGAAGUUCAAACGUGUAUCAGUUGCUGGAUUAAUGUUUGGCGAUAACGAAGGAGACGAAUUUGCAGAUGAAGACCUCGUAAAUCGAUAUCGGGAAGCUCCUACAUCACCUGAGGGUGUAGCUAUUAGAGAACUGCUGAUGAUGAUGGCUGUUUGUCACACAGUAGUGCCAGAAAGAAAAAAUGGAAAGAUCUUAUAUCAAUGUUCAUCACCCGACGAGGGCGCGCUUGUUCGUGGUGCAGCAAAAUUAGGAUUCGAAUUUCAUACCCGUCAGCCUCAAAAAGUUGUAGUUUCUGUGCUCGGAGUUGAUGAAGAGUUGAAUAUUCUCGAUGUCAUUGAUUUCACUAGUGAUAGAAAACGAAUGAGUGUUGUGGUAAAGGAUGCAAAGAAUGUGGUGAAGCUUUACACGAAGGGAGCGGAUACCAUGGUUUUGGAGCGGUUAGUUCCCGGAUCUGAAGCAGAUAUCAACGUUUGUCAUGAACAUCUGGAAGAUUUCGCCUCAUUUGGUUAUCGUACGCUGUGCUUUGCGAUGCGAGUUAUACCCGAGGACUUGUAUAAACAAUGGGCAAAUGAAUACCAUGCGGCUGGAGUGCUGAUUGAAGGAAGACAAAAGGCUCUCGCUGAUGUGGCGGAGAAGAUCGAAAAAAAUAUGACUCUCGUUGGAGCCACUGCUAUUGAAGAUAAACUACAAGAGUAUGUCCCUGAAACUGUACAAGCGCUAAUGGCCGCAGACAUGCGUGUAUGGAUGUUGACAGGAGACAAACGGGAAACUGCCAUUAACAUUGCUCACUCAUGUGCCCUCUGCAAUCCUGGUACAGAACUUCUCACUGUGGAUAAAUAUACGUUUGAGGAGACGUACACCAAACUCGUACAGUUAGCUGAGCGGUCGAAGCAGCUUGAUGACGAAAAAAAGGAGUUCGCAAUGGUGAUUGAUGGUAAAUCGCUCGUACACGCUCUGGUUGGUGAAUGCCGUACUUAUUUCGGUGAGCUUGCGUUGAGAUGUCGGGCCGUUGUUUGUUGCCGCAUGAGUCCUAUGCAGAAGGCUGAGGUCGUCGAAAUGGUUCGUAGCAUUGGAAAUCAUGUUGUGAUGGCCGUUGGUGAUGGCGCCAAUGACGUUGCUAUGAUUCAGGCUGCAAACGUUGGUGUUGGAAUCUCUGGAGAGGAAGGAUUACAGGCUGCGUCAGCGUCUGACUAUGCUAUACCGCGAUUCCACUUUCUGAGAAGGCUACUACUGGUUCAUGGCGCUUGGAAUCACGAUCGAUCUGUCAAAGUGAUACUCUACAGUUUCUACAAAAACAUUUGCCUGUACAUCAUUGAGCUAUGGUUUGCUAUCUUCUCGGCCUGGUCUGGACAAACGAUUUUCGAGAGGUGGACUAUCGGCCUAUUCAACGUUAUCUUCACCGCAUGGCCUCCAGUCGUGCUUGGAUUAUUUGAUCGACCUAUUGCAGCUGAUCAGAUGAUGCGAUAUCCAUCACUGUACCACAGUUUUCAAAAACGAUCUUUCUCAAAAGCGAGAUUUUUCCUCUGGAUUGGUAUGGCUCUGGUCCACUCGCUUUCAUUAUUUUUCCUUUCUUACGGGUUCCUUGAGACUCAAAUUGUUUGGGGUGACGGGAGGACGGGUGGUUGGUUAAUGUUGGGGAACAGUGCGUAUUCGUUUGUUGUGGCAACGGUUUGUCUAAAAGCGCUCUUGGAAUGUGAUUCGUGGACAUGGCCGGUUGUUGUAGCCAGUAUAGGAUCAAUAGUUCUUUGGCUGCUCUUCUUGUGUAUAUAUGCAGCCGUAUUCCCAGCGAUUUCGCUACGAAUUGGAGCCGAUAUGGCAGGUAUGGCAUGGAUAAUGAUGUCGUCGUCAUUAUUCUGGCUCGCUUUGUUAUUCAUACCAUGUGCUACAUUGGUAUGGGACAUCGUCAUAAAAAGCUUCUUCACGAUCGCUUAUCCUACUCCAAGAGAAAAGGCUGUCAUGCGCUUAAAAAGCACUGGAUCAACAUCCGGAUUUGAACGGUUAGCCAGCAAAUCAACACGGACUGCCACAUCCAGCAAGUCUUCCCGCUCCCGUCCACAGAAUGGUACUUCAUCGAAGAGUUCGCCAGAAAGAGAUGGUGACGCUCGGAACCUCGAGCUACGAACAAGCGCAUGUGACGCGGAUUGCCGUCCGGCCGGAAGAACUGUAGCCGGUGUAGGCGCUGAUUCUCAGACUAUUGAUCUCGACCUGCUGCUCAACUACAGCAUGUGUUAUUCCUCAACAGUGCUGGAGAAUGUUCGGCUUCUCCGUGACUCUUUCCGUUCUGGGCGACAUCAUAGUGAAUCAUCGCUCUCACUUGCCGAACAAGCUAGAUAUGGAUACGCAUUUUCACAAGAAGAGGAUGGUGCAAUUGCGCAAACUGAACUGAUUCGUAACGUUGAUUCAACGCGCACGAAACCGUCAGGAAUGUGA